UUCGAUCUGAUCUGGCUUACCGGCCACGGCUCGCAGUCGGCUGUUUCUCUCCCUCGUCCCCUUUUGGCCUUUUCUUUGUCCACCGGCGGCGAUGUCAGAGGAGGCGACGAGGAGCAAGGUCCUGGUGGUCGGAGCCACCGGCCGCCUCGGAGGCAGCCUCGUGCGCGCAAGCCUCGCCGCUGGACACCCCACCUUCGCGCUCGUCCGCCCGCACCACCUCGCUGCCCCCGACUCCGGCCCUCUCAAGCAUCUCGCAACAGCCGGUGCUACGCUCCUCAAGGGGUCGCUCGAACUGGAAGACUACCCGAGCCUGCUCGAAGCGGUGCGGCAGGUGGAUGUGGUCAUCUGCUCGGUGCCCACGAAGCACGCCCUCGAGCAGAAGUCUCUGAUUCAGGCUAUAAAGGAAGCCGGGUGUGUGAAGAGAUUUAUUCCGGCAGAAUUCGGAGUUGAUCACACAAAGGUGCAUAUUUCUGACAUGGACCAUGGCUUCUAUGAGAAGAAAGCUGAAAUCCGCCAUCUAAUAGAGAGGGAAGAUAUUCCACAUACCUACAUCUGCUGCAACUUCUUCAUGCGAUAUUUGCUUCCUUCACUGGUGCAGCCGGGUCUACAUGCUCCUCCGAGGGAUGAAGUUACUAUAUUUGGUGAAGGAAACACUAAAGGUAUCUUUGUUCAAGAGAGUGAUGUGGCUGAAUUUACGGUGUGUACCAUAGAUGACCCCAGGACAUUAAACAAGACAUUGUAUCUGAGACCUCUGGGAAAUGUCUACUCACUGAACGAAUUGGUUGGCCUCUGGGAGACAAAAAUCAACAAAUGCCUAAAGAAGAUACAUAUAACAGAAGAGCAACUCCUUGAAAACAUCCAUGAUGCACCAUUUCCUUUGAAAAUGGAUUUAAUAUUUAUAUAUUCAGCUUUUGUUAAGGGCAACCACACAUAUUUUGAAAUUGAUUCGAGAUUUGAAGGAUCUCAACUGUAUCCUCAAGUAAAGUAUACCACAGUGAAUGAGUAUUUGGAUACACUACUGUAGAUUGUUGGCUUGAUCUGUAUCUUCCUCAUAAAUAACAUCCUUCUGUUUCAUAUGUCA